AGGAAAUUAAACUUGAGGCUCGUCAUGAAUAUACCACUGGAUGGGUCUGUCACGCGUACAUGAAGGUGUUCACGAAGUGGCUUGAAAUCAUGGGUGACACGGCGGAAAACCUCGAGCAAAUUAAACAAGCCGUCUGUGAGUGUAUAGAAUCAAAGGAAGUGAUAGAUAGUGUCUUAUUGAUAAUAAGGGACCCUCCAAAAUUGUCAUGUGUCGUAAGAGGAAUUGAGCAAACUUCAAAACAUCCAGUUCCAUAUGUUCAACCAUGCUAUGCAUUGCACGAUAUUGAGACACCAAGUGCAUCGUGUAGCGUUCAUUACAGGUCAAGACAAAUACAAAGUAUUCAGUCAUCUCGUUACUGUACUUGUUCAGGGUUUUUGCCAAGCUCUGCAGCAUUAAAAUCCCUCCCUAAUUGUCAGGCCAUGCAAGCCUCAUUUCAGUACACCGAAAUGAAGUUUGAACCAAAUAGUAAUGACGAGUCUCAAACGCUUCACACGGUACAAGGUAAAGACAAAAAGCGAAAAACAUCACAAUUUCAAGAUAAAAUAAAAUUAAGUAAACUUGAAAGUUAUGCAAGAGAUAAUUCAAAACAAAAUUUACUUUCGAAAGACAUACCAAUCCGCCAGUGUGACUAUGAUAUUUACAUGGAACAUGUAGUUGAUCUUGUUAUGAAAGAAUGUCAUGUGAGUAGAAAAACUGUUUUGUCAAUUACAUAUCAGACUUUUUGCGAAGUUGAAGAAGUACCAACAAAACGGAAUGAAUUGCUGUACAUCGUAUAUUGUGGCACCCCAAAACUUAUUCUGAAAAAAGAAGUUUACCAUGAUUUAGAAAUUUACGGGAAUAUUGCGCGACCAAAACUCCUUGCACAUCUUGACGCACAGAAAAUUGAAUAUGAUAAGUCAGAUGCAGAUACCUUUCUAUUUUUAUCGUUUAACGGCAAGGCAGCUUUCGAACAGUUUGGUGUUCACGUAUGUAUGGUAUUUUUGUUAUUUAAUACUAACUAUUUAUAUACACUUCUGCCAAUUUAAGGAUGUAGUUGAAG